AGAUUUCGCUGUGAGGGCGACAAAUACGACUUCACCCUGAAAGCGGUUACGGCUCUACGUGCACUUUCUCCGGGAUUGCCAAGGGAUUUCAAUGGUUGGCCCGUUCUUUUGUUUCCGUGUUGAUUCGGAUCACACAUAUAUGGCGUUUGUGACCGUCUGCAGAGAGUUCUGCCAGGCUCAGCACCUCACCUUUGCGGACAAGUGAAUCGAUAGCUGCCCGUGGGACUACGCCACCCAGAAGCCUCCCUGACAGCCAGCACACUGGGCCCGUCUGUCUCUUCUAUACCCUUUUGGGAUCCCGUGUAGUCCUCGAGCAUCCCUGUCUCAUUCCUUCCUACAGAUUUUUCUCCCUGUAGCCAAUCAGAAACUCUUCUCCUGAAUGGGGUAAUCUCAAUUGUCUCAAUUGGAUGACUGAAGGAUAGUCUCCCAUUUUUCUUUCAGUUUCUCAUCCCUUUUGUUCUACUUUUUUUAACAUUGUGGACUAGAUCACCCUCUUUUUUACGUUUUGUUUGUACUUCUAGUAUUCCAGUGUCCACCCAUCAUUUUUUAAAUACAUCUUUUGUUCUGUAUUUAUUUUUUCAUACUGCUGAGAUCUGAGCCAAAGAUUUUUGAAAAGAAAAAAGGAACAGGAAUUAUAAGUACUUCAUUGUAAUUGUUUUAAAGACGUCUUGCCAACAUGAACCGCCCUGCCGCUGUUGAGAUUUCCUAUGACUGCAUGAGAUUCCUCAUCACACACAACCCCACCAACUCCACUCUCAACAAGUUUACUGAGGAGCUGAAGAAGUUUGAGGUGAACACACUGGUCAGAGUAUGUGAAGCCACCUAUGACACGGCACUAGUGCAGAAGGAGGGCAUCCAAGUCUUUGACUGGCCCUUUGAUGAUGGAGCUUCGCCCCCCACUCGGAUUGUAGACGAUUGGUUAAACCUGCUGAAGACUAAGUUCCGAGAGGAGCCAGGAUGCUGCAUUGCCGUUCACUGUGUUGCAGGGUUGGGCCGAGCACCUGUGCUGGUGGCUUUAGCCUUACUCGAGUGUGGAAUGAAGUAUGAAGAAGCAGUGAUGUACAUACGACAGAAGCGACGUGGAGCCUUCAACGCCAAACAGCUCAUGUACCUUGAAAAAUACCGACCCAAGAUGCGUCUGAGGUUCAAGGAGGCCAACGGUCACAACUGCUGUAUCCAGUAGUGCGUCAUUCUGUCAGUCAUACAAAACAGCAGUGGGAUGUUCAACCAGGGUAUAUAGGGGAGCAAAAGCUGUGGGUUGUAAUUGUGGUGAUUAAUAUCAAACGAAUCAUGGCUAAUCGAUCACAGAAUAAUGAAGCUGAUCUAUGGAUUCACCAGCAGUAUCAAAGAGAAGGGUCAAAGCACACAGACGAGCCCACAAACCUGGUCGCUUAACCAGUGUUACCAGUCACGGGCUAGAAUAUACUAACGUUCCCCUGAUUUCCCAAAUUUCCAAUCAUGGGACGACUUUAUUUCGGGUUAUUUCAGAAUGAGUACUUUGAAUCGUGAUCAAAAGAUUUACAAUUGUUAAAUGCUGUCAUUUGUUGAUUUAUUACUGCUUUUUUUAUUCUGAAGACAUUGUUGGGCAUGUUUUCUUUUAUCGUUUUUUUUUUUAUUAUUAUUAUUAUUUCAACAAACAAUAGCCAAUUUUGUUACAUAAACAAACUAUAAAGUAGACAUACGAUAUUUUUGCACAAUACAACAUUUUUGAGAAGUUCCCCUUUGAUGCAGCAAUCACUUUUUUUAAUUUAGGGUUAGCCUGGGUUUGAAAUAUGCCAGCUGUAUUUAUUCACUAUAAUUAGCGCGUCUUGUCAGGAGUUCGGGUGGGGUUCGUUCUUUUCUUUCGUGGAGCCAUGUAUUUUUCAGUCCUUUUCUUAAUCUCUGGGGAGUGCAAUAUUCAGUCCAGAUUAGAAAAGCCUUCACCCUUAGGACCGUCCUACAUCCAGAUUCAAACACAGGAGGAUUCUCGGCUUGUCUUCUUCGGUACUCGCUUUCAAUUGCUGCUCUUUGCUGGCUGGUCAGUAAGAAGCUUUUAUCUGUUGAGCCCACAGACACACUGAAGGAAGUAAGAAGCAGGAAAACCGGCCAGCGCUGGCUUUAUUUUUAUUUUAAUCCACCUUUUCUUUAUCAUCAUUGUGCCCAUUUUGAAAGCAUCCCCACUUCAUCUUGGUUUUAAGACAAAUAAAUGAAUUGAAAUUGA